AUGGGUGAUACUGAUGAUAUCAAUGAAAUCUUUCGAAUAGUCGAUUCAGAUGGAAGUGGUUAUCUUGAUAAAGAAAAACUUCAACGUAUAUGUCCACAUUUAUCUUCAUCUGAAAUUGACAUUAUAUUUAAUGAUCUUGAUACUGAUCAUGAUAAUCGUAUAAGUUUAAAAGAAUUUACAAAUGGUUUUAAAGAACUUAUUAAACCAAAUGAUAAUGAACGUUUAUUACGUAAAAAAAAAUUAAUUAAUUAUGAAAAUGUUAUUGAUAAAGAUGAAGAUGAUUUAACAACAGAAGUAGCACAAACACAAAUCAAUGAAGUAUUCAAUAAUCUAUCAUGUCAAGAACAAAUUUAUGAUUUUUAUGAAACAUUACGAAGUGGAUCAAGUGAAUCCAUAGAACAGUUUCAAUCAAUUCUUGAAGUAUUUGUUUGUGAUAUAAUCAAAUAUCGUAAAGAAAUUAGACGAUUAGAAGAUUCUUAUAGACGAGAAAAAGAAAUGAAUGAAAAAUAUUUAAGACGUAUUGAAGAAGAUCAAGAACGUGAUAUGCAUCAAUUAGAAGUAAAAGUUCGUAAAGAAGAAAAACAAAAGUUUGAAUCUGAACGAGAAUUAAUUCAACAACGUGCAAGCAAAAAAUUAACUGAGCUACAAGGAAAUCUUCAACGUUUACAAGCUAUUGAACAAUGUUAUAUUGAUCGUCAAUCAAGUGAAGAUUCAUCAAUUGUUUUAUUACGUGAAGAAAUUUCUAAAUUAACACAAGAAAAUCAAACACUUAAUUCAUCAUUAAAUGAUUCAUUAACUACAGUUGCAAUAUUAAGAAGUGAUUUACAAUCAUUGAAAACUCAAUUAAAUGAACAUCAAACAAUGCUUUUACAAGAAAAACAAGUAUCAUCAAAUAAUUAUCAUGAAAAAGAAUCAUUACAAUCAAAUGUUCGUCAACUUGUAGAAGUUAAUAAAAAACUUCGUGAUGAAAAUGAUGCAUUACGUGUUAUGAUCGAAUCAAACAAAGCCAACGUUUCUUCUGAUAUUCAUCCAACAUCAAAACGAAUGUCUCGAAGUGGAUCAAUUCUUGAAACUUAUUGGCAUAAUCAUCAUCCAAAAAUUGAUUGUACAUCAUCAUCAUAUACAUCAACAGCUCAACAACAAUCUCAUCUUGGAAAACUUGAUUCAUUCGAUAUCGAAUCAACUGAUGAAUUAGGUAUAAAUGGAAACAGAUCUUUAUCUAAAUCCAAAUUAGAUGUUGCUGAUAUUUCAUUACAAAAAAAUUCACCAGCAACAACAAUUUUAUUUUCUUCUAAUAACGCUCGUAGACACAAUACUAUGAAUGAUAGUGGUUUAUCAUUAACAACUGUACGUGAUGCAACUGAACUUGAAUCAGAUCGUGAUGAACAAGCUAAUAAACAAUCAUUAAAAAAUUCCAAAUCAUAUCGACCAACGUCAAUGAAACGAAAUAAAGAUGAUACUGAUUCUGAUGAACUUUUCGAUGCGAAAGCAAUGGACCGUAAUAAUUCGAAACGAUGGUCUCAACAACGAUCAUUAAAACGAACAUCUGGUAAUGAAAAUUCAUUAUCAAAACAUCUAAUCAAUUCAUCAUCAUCACUACUUAAUCAAACACCUACAAGAAAACAUAGCGGAGCAACAGUAACUGAUAUUCAAAAAGAGCAAACAACAUCAAACCAUCCAUUUGAUCGUAUGUAUAAAGUCGUUUUUUGUGGUGAUGCUGCUGUUGGUAAAAGUACAUUAAUAAUGCGUUUAUGUAAAGGAAAAUUUAUUUCAAAUAUAAAUUCUACAUUGGGUGUUGAUUUUCAAAAUAAACAACUUGAAAUAGAUUCAAAACGUAUUGCUAUACAAUUAUGGGAUACAGCUGGACAAGAGAGAUUUCGAAGUAUUGCAAAAUCUUAUUUUCGUCGAUGUGAUGGUGUUAUACUUGUUUAUGAUUCAACAUAUGAACGAUCAUUUUUAAAUGUUCGAGAAUGGAUUGAUACAAUAGCAGAGUCAACAUCAAAAAAAGUUUCAGUUAUGAUUGUUGCAAAUAAAAUUGAUUUAAGAGAUCAAAUGCGUGCAGAAGGAAAAAAAGUUGUUGAAUAUGAUGAUGGAACAAAAUUAGCUAAAGAAUAUAAAGCAUUAUUUAUUGAAACAAGUGCAAAAGAUGGUACUAAUUCAGAUGAAGUACUUAUUGAAUUAGCUCGAGACAUGCAAUGUAAUGAAGAUUUAGAACGUUAUCGUACAUCUGGAGUUGAUUUAGAUAAAACAACGAAAAAAUCAGCAUGUUGUGGUAGUCGAUCUUAA